AUCGAAUAUGACUAUAAGUUUAAUUCCUUCAAUUUCUCAAAAUUAAUCAUUGCACAAGUUUCGAAAUAAAUUGACUUAUAAAUGCUAUGGUUUGUUUAAUAUGUCAUUGACUAAAAAUACCUGCAUCAACAAAAGUAACUAAUAGCUACAUCUAGAGCCAUUGAAGAAUUAAAAGCUAGCGUUGCAAGAUUGAAAUUACCAAAAGUUCAUUCUCCAAGGAAUUAAGAUGGCUGAAAAAAUUAAAAAUUUUUUCAAAAAAAAGAAAUCAGAUGCCAAGUUUAAGUUAGCUGGUCCUGGGCAUAAACUGACUGAAUCAACAACAAGUUUCGAUAAACCGACUACAAAAAAUCAGUAUACUGUUAAACCCAGAAAUAAUUUAUCGGAAGAAGCACGGAGAGCAGCUGAAGCUGCUGAAGCAAGGCUUCAAAGUAAACAACAACAAGAUAAGAAUUUCAAUACAUCUUUUGCAGCAAUUCAAGCACAGGUUAAACGUGAAUUAGAAGCGGAAAAAAAGGCUACAAGCGAAAGAAAAUCUUCACAAUCACCAGUAUUGAAUCGAGCAAAAUCUUCUGAUACUGAAGUCGAAAUAUCUCCGGUGCUAGCAGUUAAUGGAGUAUAUUUUAAGUGUCCUAUGGUUGGUCCAGAAAUAUUAAGCAAAGAGGAGUGGCGAAAAAAAAUUAGAGAAUUUUUGUAUGCUCAAUUAGAGUUCGAGCAAGGAUUAACUGCUGCGUUAAUGAUUCACAACUUAAACAAAAACAGAGAAAAAAUUUCAAUUUGUGUCGAUACACUUUGUAAAUAUUUAGAAAAUAUAGUAAACAAUCCAACAGAAGAAAAAUAUCAACGAAUUCGCAUGAGCAACAGAGUAUUCAGUGAAAAAGUUUUACCGAUGGAAGGAGCUUUAAACUUAUUACUAGGAGCUGGUUUUAUUGAACAAAAUUUAACAAUAGAUGAUAAAGAAGAAAAGUAUUUAGUAUUUAGUCAAGAUCGAGUAGAAAAUUUAGAUACUUUACGAGCAUUAUGUGAUGCUCUUAGAAGUGCGGAACCGAUUCCAUUAGAAUUAGACCGUAAUUUGCAAGUUUUGUCACCUUCGCAAGCUGCAAAACGUACUGAAUUACCAACUACAUUCUAUGCAUUAACCCCAGAAGAAAUUAAACGAGAGCAACAACUCAGGCUUGAUGCUGUUGAAAAAGCUAUGCAACUUCGAACUAAAGUAAUGAGAGAAAAAGAUGAACUAAGAGAGAUCAAGAAGUAUAAAUUUGCGCUUAUCCGAAUACGAUUUCCAGAUGGUUUAUUUUUGCAGGGUACGUUUGCUGUUUUUGAGAAAUUAGUCAACAUUUAUGAAUUUGUACGUGAUAAUUUAGAAUAUGAAGAUAUGCCAUUUAUAUUGUCAAAUGCAACUGGUCAAAAAUUAAAUGAUGAAGAAGAAAUGGAAAAAACCUUAGUCGAUUUACGUUUAGUUCCUGCUUCAAUAUUAACAUUUCAAUGGGAUCCCGCUGUACAAGAUGAAUUAUCCGCUAGUCCAAGAUAUUUAAAACAUGAAAUAUUAAUGCUUGUUCAAGCACUUUAAAGUCUCGUUAAUUUUCGAUUCAAAUCUAUAAAUAUUAUAAAAUCGGCACUAUUUUCAAUAAUUAUUGUAUUAUAUAUAUAUAUUUUUUGUUUACAAUUUGAAUAUUUUGAUUGAAGUUCUUCACAUUCGUAAAGUCAGCAUUCAGGUGGAAGUUCACUAUACAAUUAGAGUUAAAUA